AUGCUUGGCCUACUUUCUGCCAGUUCGUUUCUGCUAGGACUUGCCAGUGCUGGCACUGUCAUCUGGGAUGGAAGAUUUAAUGACUACUCCAGCAGUACCGACCUAAACACUUGGUCCUGGGCCAACCAGGUCGGGUCCUACCAGUACUAUAUUCACGGCACCGGAGCUGUAACCGACUAUGUCAACCUCUCCGCUGACUACAAGAACCCCGCCGAUACCACCUCCAACCAGGGUGUCAAGAUCACCAUUGAUGACACAGCGAAGUGGAAUUCUGACAUGUGGAGAACCGAGUUGAUCCCGCAGACCACUGCAAACUUGGGAACCGGUACGCUGUACUAUCACUUCAGCAUGAAGAGGUCCGACACAAACGCGCCAAACGCCAACUUUGAGCACCAGGUCAACUUCUUCGAAUCUCACUUCACAGAAAUGAAAUAUGGUUGGAUCAAUGGUAACACCAACACCAACCCCGACAAUAACCUCCGCUGGAUGGUCGGUGGUGUUUCGAAAUGGAACGUCGACUGGGUCGCUGAUGUCUGGCACAACUUUGCCUACGAGAUCGACUUUAGCGGCAGCACCGUAACUCUCUGGCACUCUGUCGGUUCCGAUCCUCUCGUCAAGACCGCCGGUCCCUUCUCUGCAUCUACCUCAACCAACUCCGCCGAUUGGCACUUGGGUGUUCUCCGUCUGCCUGCUAGCGGCAGCGGCGUUACUUCUACUGCUGCCGAGGACUGGUACUACAGUGGCGUAUAUGUUGAGAGCGGAUCAAUCAACACUGUUAUCGGGUCGGGAACUAGCAGCGGAUCUACUACUGCUGUCGCGUCAACCAGUGUCAAGUCAACAACUACUGCGGUUCCUACUACCACCACCAUUCCAGUCACUACUACCGUUUCUACGUCAGCAACCGCAUCGGCUACUGGCGCUUUGGCAGCUAAGUGGGCACAGUGCGGAGGUGUCGGAUGGACUGGAGCGACUGCUUGUGUGUCUGGAUCGACUUGCACUAAGCUCAACGAUUACUACUCUCAGUGCAUUUAA